AUGAAGGUAAUGCCCAUAAAGGGCGUGCAUCGAUUCAGAGUUUCAGGGAAGCGCAGUCCCCGUUACAUUAGACCCUUUGACAUUAUGGAGCGAGUUGGGACUUUGCCAUAUAGGUGGGUUUUGCCAUCUCAGUUAUCCGGUGUUCACAACGUCUUUCACAUGUUUAUGUUGAGGAAGUACAUGCCGGAUCCCCAACACAUAAUUGAUUAUCAGACCAUUGAGGUCAGGGUGAAUGUUUCAUACGAAGAGAUGCCAAGUAGUAUUUUGGAGCGAAAAGAGAAAGUUCUAAAGAAUUGUUCAUUUCCAUUUGUAAAGGCCCAGUAG